AAUAAUGGAAGCACCAAAGUGAAGAUGUUCAAGUGGUUGAAAGAAAUCACGCCUUCACAGGUUAUCAAACUGAUGAUAGCUGAAAAGGACAAGGAAAAGUUAAUUUCGGUUUUCGACUCCGCAACAGCGGAAUACGCAAACGGGUUCUUACACGACCAGAGCUCUUUUGGUUAUACGGUCUCGAGGUUGGUCUCCGCCAACAAAAUCAAAGCAGCUGAAGAUCGCAUUGCAAGAAUGAAGACUGAGAACUGUGCUGAUAGUGAAGAUGUAUUGCUUUUGAUAUCCAGAGGUUACGGUAGGGUUCACAUGCCAUUUGAUUCAUAGGAUUUUGACUGUGAUCUUACCCACAAGGGUUACGUUACUGUUCUUGCGAUUCUCGUGGAAGAGAAUCAGUUAAAGUUGGAUUUUAAGUUUUACAAGAAUAUGAGAGAAAUUGGUUUGCCUCCUACCGAACGUGUCUUACACGUUGCGUCUCUCAAUGUUCUGACCAAAGCCCUCUGCAUAAAUAAGAAGACGGUGGAUGCUGGUGUUAAGAUAUUUCUUGAAAUGCCUAAACGAGGGUGUGAUCUGGAUUCUUACACAUAUGGAACCUUGAUUAGUGGUUUUUGUCGGUUCGGGAGGAUAGAUCAGGCGAAGAAGUUGUUUGAGAUGAUGGUUGAAAGAGAUUGUUUACCUGUCACAUAUACGUCUAUGAUCCACUAUUUGUGUGGAUCGAUGAAUGUUGAGGAAGCAUUGAGAUAUUUAGAAUAGAUUAAAAGUAAAGACAUAGAACCGAAUGUUUUCACAUAAUUUCUUGACGGACUCUGCAAAGAUGGGCGAGCUUUGCAAGCCAUGGAGUUGUUUGAGAUGAUGAUGGCUAGAGGAUGUAGGCCAAACAUGGUAACCUACAGCACUCUGAUCACCGGUCUCUGCAAGGAGGGAAAGAUUCAAGAAGCAGUUGAGCUUCACUAUAGAAUGAAUCUUCAGGGGUUGAAGCCUGAUGAUGGGUUUUACGGGAAAGUAAUAGUAGUCCGAGGUCUUUGUACAAGUUAUCCAACUCGCACAUUUACUCUAUAUCUAAGCAUGAGGAGUAUAGGAAUCUCGGUUUAGAUUGAGACAUUAGAUUCUUUGGUGAAGUGUUUGUGCAAAAAGGAAGAGUUUCAGAAAACAGUUCAGUUAGUUAUCGAGAUAGUGGCUGAUGGGUGUAUUCCAAAUAAAGGAACAUGGAAGGUUCUUGUAGGUCACACAUUGGAUAAAACGAUCGUUGGAGAUGCUUCUUCAGAGUCUCUUCUCAGAGAUUUGGAGGUCUAAAUACAAGGAAGAUUAGAUGAUUACAGCUGAAACAAACAUGUGGUAACAGUUGACCACAUUCUGAUCAAACAUAACCACGGCGCCAAACACUAAAACAUCAUAAUGGCAUUUGCAAAGUAUAUAACUGUAGUCUGUAGCUUUUAGAGCGUUCCUUAGGAAGAACAGCUUUGCCAUCGAUUAUCUAGAAACCACUGGCUGUGGCAAGUCCAUAACAAACAGUUCCAUUUAAGUCCCUGUCAAAAUCAGUGAAGCUUCACAGAUGCAAACCGUUUGUGAAAAUCGUCGACAAGGCCUGUCUAGUGAGCGAAAACUGUCGCAAUAGGUAAGGGGAUAGCUAGAUGAGUUGUGGUCUUAAUUGUCUGACUUAUAACCUUGUGUAUAAAUUGUUAUUUUCGAUAUCAAGAAAAUCCUGAGCCUUCAAGAGUGGAAUUUUCUCUUCUUUGAUCGUGCCACCAGCACCAUUGACCCCAGCUUCUUCAUCAACCUUAGUCGCCAUAACACUCAAGAUCCAAAUUCUUUGUUUUUCUUUCUUUUUUCUUGUUUUAGAAUGCUGUGUUGAUUCUCUGUUUGGAGUAGAUGCUUGAGUCCAUACAACAGUGGCUGCUUACCAAAAUAUGGGAUUCCUAUCAACUAAAAUUUUUGACUUCUGACCCUAGAUAAAAUAUACCAAACAUAUGUAAAGUUUGAUGUCUCUAAUUUUGUCAUUAUCAUGCUAUAUGAUAGAUAGUUAAUCACACUUUGACACAUGUCCAUUUUCAACUAAAUCCAAAUAUAUUAUAUUAUAUAAAAAAAUAUAGUUCAAAAUACCAAAAGGAUAUAUAAAUAGCUAAAUAAUUAGAAAAGUAAAAAUCCAGUUAAAAAAAACCUAAAUAUUCAGAAAUAUAUGAUCAAUUUUAAUUAGAAAUAAAAUAAUUAAAAAAGGGAAAAUAAUCAAAUUGUUGGUUCUUUGCUGAUUUUGUAAACUUUGUUAUUAUUUUUUGCGAGUGAUGUAAUCUGAUUUUCCUUUUAAGUUUAUUCAUCUAACAAUAAUAAAAGGAAGAUAUAUUCAAAGGAAAGCAUGUCCACGUCAGAUUAAAAAAAUCAGCCAAUGAGAGAGUUUGGUUUGCUAUGUCACCAUCGCUUUUGACUAAAGAAGAGUGAAACCGGGUUUUUGCGUGGGCUUUCAAAUUACGUUAUGGCCCAAAUUAAACAUAAUAUGCCUAAACCUAUGUUCAGUCGUCAAACUCCGUCUCUUCCGUUUCGUUUCAACCAAUCCUAAACUCUGUCUUGCCAUUACUGCGAACUUUACUUCGUCAAUCAAUGAUGUUCUUUACUCACUUCGUUCCACCUCCCAUUGAUUCUUUUCGUAUAUAAAUCGCAUCGUCUAAACCUAAAUCCAUCCAAAAUUGAAAAGAUAUUCUCUCACACCUCUGUUCUCACUGUCAUUGACGAUAUCCGACUAUCUCUCUAUUCACAUGAAGACUUCCAAGCUUAGUGUGUGGACUUAGGGGGAACCUUACCGUCAGUUCAGUGUCAUCCCCACAUGUUUUUAAGGACUACGAUGUCCAACCCACCAUUGAUUACUUCAACUGGUUGGGUUCUAACCCAGAGAUUGAAAAGCUGAUGAAUGCAGAGGAGGUUACAAAGGCUGAGAUAGUGACAGCUGGAAAAAUCUAUGCUUACAUCAAAAAGAAAUUUGCCAGGGAAGGUCGUUCAAAUGCGUAUCUAGAUCUUGGUGCUGGGCCUGCUGGCCAUGAGAUGCAUGCCCUCCCCGAGUUUUAAUUUAUGUCAUUGGUCAAACACACAAGUUCAGGGUCAAAGUGUCAGAAUACAACUUCUCAGGAAAGACUCAGACUAUAACUGUUAUGAAGAUUGUAUCUGCAGUAGUUUUGCCACCUUUAACAACUCCACCCGAACUCCCACUUGCCACCAAAUCUAAAGUGGCACUGCCUUCUGCAAGUGAUGUGGGUGCAUCUUCCAAAAGCUGUGUAUACGUUGCUGAAGAGGGAAAAAGAGUACCAGUAACAAUAACAGUGAUGAAUUACAGAAAGCAAAGCGUUCUAAACAUAUGAAAUAGAGCUACCACCACUCAUACCUUCCCUUUUUCAGUUUGAGCUUUUAAUUAAAAUUCAUCUUUCAGUGUUGCUUUAGUUAAGUAUUUUCAAACAGUUUACUUAUUUGGUUAGACUAGAACUUUCAAUAGAAUACGUAAUGCUUUAGUAGUGAUUUGCAAGUACUUGAUAUUUUGUAUCAUAAUCCCGGAUUCUCUGCUGAGUGUAUGCUGUUGAAGCACUUCAUUUAAAUUGAUAUCACAUACCUCUUCAGCCA